GAAUUGGAGGCUACCCGGAAGAGCCUCGAUGUGGAUCCAUCGGUGCCUGGCGGCAAGGAUGAGUUCAAGAAGACUGACUUGCUUGGUGAGAUGCCUACGUCGCUUAAUCCGCCUCCUUCGAUUUUGAAGUGUUCUACAGGCCCUGCUUCCACCCACUCUUCAGUUCCCGCAAAGGGCACCGAGGCCACCAAUCCCGGUCUGCAAAGGCCCGCACAAGAGGCCCAGAUGCCCAGCAACCUGGUUCCCACACUGUGCACUGCGCCACCCAAGCCGAGUGAGCAGCUGCCCACUGCAGAACCCCAGAAGCCCAGCGAGCCGUUGGCAACAGAGUGCCCUGAAGACCCCAAGCCGAGUGAGCAGCUGCCCACUGCAGAACCCCAGAAGCCCAGCGAGCCGUUGGCAACAGAGUGCCCUGAAGACCCCAAGCCGAAAGAGCAGCUGCCUGCUGCACAGCCCCAGAAGCCCAGCGAGCCGUUGGCAACAGAGUGCCCUGAAGACCCCAAGCCGAAAGAGCAGCUGCCUGCUGCACAGCCCCAGAAGCCCAACGAGCCGGUUGAAGCAAAGUGCCCUGAGUGCCCCAAGCCAACUGAGCAGGUGCAGAAGUCCAAAGAGUGUACUGACGCCUUUCAAAAGCAUCUUGACAGCCUGUGCACACAGGACACGCACGAGGCGACUCAGGUUGAUGAUCCGCGGGAUGCUCCACAGCUCAUCGCUCCCAAGAGAGAGACGUCGACUCCUAGCCCGCAGAAGUCGCCUCUGGAUGUUCCCGUGCUGGGUGACGUGUCAGCUCCAGAGAUGCCGCGGGUUGGACAGCACACGUUGAGCAAGGCUGCCAUCGAUGCCCGAGCGCGGAGAAUCUUUACGCUCCGCUCGAACGGGCAAAAGAAAGUGAGUGAGCAGAUCUGGAACGAGUGGCACAAGGGCAAGGGAUCCAAAGAGCGUGCAACUUUGGAGCAGAUCUUUGCCCGCUGUGGGUAUUCGCAGGACCGCGGG